GAAUCGAUUUAAACAGCCCUGUUCUCAACACUUGAUAUGGCAGGCACCGUGUGUUUUCUGCGGUCCCAAUCGUUAAUUGAAACUAACUCGUAAACAAAGUGUGUACAUUGUAGUCUGUCAAGUUAAUGUUAAGUUAAAAAAAAUGUCGCAGUGCUUUCGAAACGUUUCCAAUAAAUUUGUCACCGUAAAUUCGCUACUAAACACUAGAAAACAUGUCACGCAUUUCGACAAGAAAAUAUCGCAUCAAAUAAAACCAUCCACAUUUCUGGAAGAGUUUCUUAAUACUAGAAGUAUAACAAGUGUGAUAGCAAAUCCAAAGCACAGUCUGCAAAACCCAGCUGUACCUUCUCUGGAUUUAGUCAACAGUUGCGAAGUAUGGAGAGAAUCGUUUUACAGAGAAGACGAAGUGGACAAAAAGAAACAAUUUUUGUCAAAAAGAUGUACAUCAGUUGGUCCAUUGAAUCCUAUCUUACCUAAUAUAAGACUUAACAAAAUACAAUCUGAUAAUAUGGUGGUGUGGCGUAGACACUGUGAUAACCAAACGAGUCUUUCUUUUCACAAGAUUGAAUCAUUGGAAAACACUUGUACAAGAUUAUCUAGUGGCUCUGUGGCGCAAAAGUCAGCUAAUUCUAACUAUGAGAAAGAAAUCAAUUUCCGAGCUGACGGUACUCUGCGCACCGAAGCAAAAGGAUCCAAACAACCAGUACAAAGACCUGAGGGCAGACCAAGCCAAGAACAACUACAGCAUAUCUAUGAUGUAUUGAGAGAAACGGUGCCGAGGUUGUUUACUCACUCAAUGGAUUAUAAAAUCUAUCGGCUAGACAUGGAAUUUAUAAAUAAUAUUAGAGGUACUGUGAGUCGAGGCCUCUUCGAUUACAUCAAACAAAUAGCUUUGUUGAGGACGGUUGGGCAUCUUAAAUUUGCAUACGUCAAACUUGAAGUAUUAAAAAUCACUAUCCAUCCUGAAGAUGAUUCCAUCAAAAUUCGCUGGCGAAUUUGCGGAAUUCCAGGAUUCACAGCCUGGAUUUUCUUUUGGAGGAUAAAACUCUGGAAUUUGAAAGACGCUUUUGCCCAACAAGAAUUAUGGUACGACGGAUUCUCUUCAUUUUACGUGGGUAGUGAUGGUCUAGUCUAUAGACAUGUAGCAGACAAAAUGAUGCCCGAUCAAGGCACGAAUGAAACAGUGAAAAACCAGAAUGAGGUAGCAGCAAAGCUGGCUUUGUUCUUGGGAUUAUCAGUACCAGCAGGAUCGUUCUCCGAAAUUUACUCGUUAACAUACGGAUUGAAUGGAGAGCCACCAUGUUCAGAAAAAGAAAUAGUGAAGUUAGAAGAAAUGAAGUAACUUGAUAUUGUCUUUGAAUGAGUAUCACAUAACACCAGCAUACGUAUUCGGUGAAUUCGGUGGGUAUAUCUAUGCUUGUGCCUGUUGUUAUAUUUGUCCGGUAUUGUUAAGUCGCGAGAUGCUCUAGAAAUAAACUGAUGUAAUUGAUUUAAUAUUUAA